AUUUCAAUUUUAUCAUUACUAAUGAUGACUGGUUUUUUAUUUUUUACACAAACUCAAAUGAUAUCGACAAACGUAAUAAGAAAACGUUCAGCAUUGGGAGUGGGAUAUGUUUCAUUACCAUCAACAUUUGCUGUUCAUGAAUUAUCAACGCAUCAUAUUAAAAAUGUCAUAAUAAAACCAUUAACAUCAAAUACUUCAAGCAUUAUUGAUAAAAAUGAACAUCAUAUUUUAUAUGCAACAAAACAUGCUAAGAAUGCACAUUCAAUAGCUGUUGUACCAAAGAAAACAAUUGAGAAGAAAAUUGCAAUUAUCACAGAAACACACCAUACAUUGAUACCAAUUGUACAUCAAUUACAUCCUCAUCAUCAUCAUGCACUGAUACCUGUAUUACCGACUGGAGGUUUUGGAGUUGGUGUAACUAAAGGUGGACAGGGAGCAGGACAUGGCUGGUGGGUUCCUGCAUUUUAAAUAUCGAAAUGUAUUUUAAAUAUUAUUAA